AUGAAUUAAUAUUUAAAGUAACAAUUCUCUAACAAAACAUCAUCUAUAUUACAUUAAAUCAAUUAUAUAUACUUAUUCUUAACCAUUAGAUUAAAUUUAAAUUAAUAAAUUAAGUUAUGUUCUAUGCACAUUCAAUAACCAAGUAGUCUUGGAAAAAAUAUAAUUUCUAAAUAUUUUAAAUACAGAUAGUUGGUUAUCUGUCAAUAAGACAGUCUAAUUCAAGCAUGUAAAAAAAUUGUAUUCUUCAAGUCUUAUAUUCUAAAUUAUCAAAAUGAAACUAAAAUGCCAAUUUAGGGCAAAAAAGAUUAGUUAUGCUAUCUCAAAUACUUUUCAAAUUUCUUUUAUCAUUUGCAGGUGAUCCAUUUUGAAUAUAUGUUAUAUUAUAAAGUUUGCACAAAAAGAACUAAUUGUCAAAAUCCAAUAAACUCAACAAACACGAAGACUUUAUCAUCAAAUAUGAUGUUUAUAUUGAAAAAGGUUGAAUAAUAAAUUUGUUUUACAUUUAAAUAUAAGAUAGGUUUACAGAAAAAAUGA